CUAACCGACCUGACCCGGCAUGGCUCUGCCCGGCCAGAGAGAGCGUCGAGCAGCAAGCAAGGCAGCACGAGCCCCUCGGAGCACAGGACGCCCUCCCCAAGGACAUGAAGCUGUUGGAGAACUCGAGCUUCGAGGCCAUCAACUCACAGCUGACCGUGGAGACUGGAGAUGCCCACAUCAUUGGCAGGAUCGAGAGCUACUCCUGUAAGAUGGCGGGAGAUGACAAGCACAUGUUCAAGCAGUUCUGCCAGCAAGGCCAGCCACACGUGCUGGAGGCCCUGUCUCCACCCCAGACCUCGGGCCUCAGCCCCAGCAGACGGAGCAAGAGCCAGGGUGGCGAGGAUGAGGGCCCCCUCAGCGACACGUGCAGCCGCAAGACGAUCUUCUACCUGAUCGCCACACUCAACAAGUCCUUCCGCCCCAGAGACUUCAGCAUGGCCCGAAGCCACGAGUUCAGCCGGGAGCCCAGUCUCAGCUGGGUGGUGAAUGCGGUCAACUGCAGUCUGUUCUCAGCUGUGCGGGAGCACGUCAAGGCCCUAAAGCCACAGCUGUGGAAUGCAGUGGACAAGGACAUCUGCCUGGCCGAGUGUGACAUCUACAGCUACAACCUGGACUUGGACUUGGACCCCUUUGGGGAAGAUGGCAGCCUCUGGUCCUUUAACUACUUCUACAACAAGCAGCUUAAGCGGAUUGUUUUCUUCAGCUGUCGCUCCAUCAGUGGAUCCAGGUACACACCCUCGGAGGCAGGCAAUGAAUUGGACAUGGAGCUGGGGGAGGAGGAGGAGGAACUCAGAGAUGGAGGCAGUGAGGGCAGAUCCGAGGAGACCAGCCCCAUGGAGGACAGAGUCCCGGUGACCUGUAUGUGAGGAGGAGAAGCAGGGGCCCAGCUUCAUCCAGCAUCAACUAGUGCCUGGACUUGCCCACCUGAGGGGCCCCAAGGGCCUCCCCAGCUGCUGGCCAGACCCUGGCACAGCUCCAGCCCCAGCGCUGCCCACCUAGCCCUUUGGUUCCAGCCUAUGGACGGCCACUCAUCCCACAGGCUCUGCUGCCCACAUUGUGGCUGGACUGGACAGACAGCACGGGGCCUGGUGGGAAUAGCCACUGCCCUGCCCAAACGAACUGACUGAGGCAGGGACCGCUGGACCACAGUUUAUUUUUGUGUUUUGUACCCUGAGCCUGCACACUCCAGCCCGAAGGGCCUGAGACCCAGCAAGCAGGCCUGACAGUCGUCCUCCCUGGCUUGGGCCGCUCUUGGUGCCCACCUGUACCCCCACCUCGCCCACUGGGAAGCGUGCACUGAGUGUCACUUUGCUGCAGCUUGUUUGUUUCCAAUAAAAGUUUAUGUGACUUAAAAAAAAAAAAAAA